AUGGACGAAUGUAAUCAAGACGGAAACUUCGUGGGUGACGACCAGAGCAAGAAUGCAGUCAUCUAUAUUGACUAUGUAGACCUCCUCCCAUUUGAAGGGCAGGAGAGGGAAGAUCUGUUCUGAGAAGCACAUAGGUACUCUUCCUCUGACGAUUGGAAGGAACAGUUCUUUUCAACAGAUUUGUUAAGACGCAUUAAUAAGUAUGAACCUUCCUUGAUUGAGGAGCAUUCCAUGGACAUCUUCCCAUUUGUGGAGAACUGUAUUAAUUCUCCAAGGACUUCUCUGGGCAAGAACACACUUGUGCUGUGACAAGAGCUUUACAUGAGCAAUAGGACUGAGAGGAUGAUAGAGUUCACCUGAAACUUGAUACCAAUUCUGGUCGCUAAAGUUGGAUUUGAAAGCAAAUUUCUAAGUGCAGAAUCACUCAUAGCACUACAAUUCUGUGCAGCAAGCAUGGCUUACCCUCAAUGUAUUGAUGCUCUCCUUGCUCAUGCUGAUUACCGAAAUUGCUUGGUGAAGACCCAAGUAUGGAAGGCAAUAACCAUCUGCAUCCAGAAUUUGCAACCAGAAAUGUUCAAUCUAGAAGGAGAUUUACCAGACUCGCACAGCUUUGGGCUCUUCCUUGAGACAAUUUGCAAGGCUCUGGUAGUUUCCAAGUCCACCGAGGCCAAAGAGUCUACCAAAAUUCUCAAGUACAUCGGUAAAGAAACUGUAAAAUCUCUGUGUGAUAGAAUUUUUGAUGAACAAAACCAGCAUAAGACUGAACGAAUUAUGAAUGUGUUCCAGCCCAAGAAGAAAGGGAGAACUCUUAAGAGAAGAGCCAAGAAUCAUACAAAGGGGAAGAGCAAGGCUGACUUCUUUAUCUGUGUGGAGUAGGAGCCUUUCUACCUC